CCCCCUGUCUGGGUGAGACUGUCAGGGGCCUACAGCGCAGUCCCAGUGGAAUAUGUAUUGAGGGCAACAGAUUUUUAUUUUUGGAAUGGCCACGGAGACUGUUGCCCGCUCCCCCAGGCAGGGUGCAGUUCAUUUCAAGAUGAGACUGGCCCUGUGACACUUCGAACUUGGAUUAGCAGGAAGCAAGCAGUUUACCCCCCCAACUAGCACUUACAAAGAAUUACCAAUAAAAGUAUUCAUCUUCUACAUGAACUGGGGGUUGGAAAGCUGAUGGAGGUCAGACACUACAAUGGAUUACAGCCAGACCUUCUCUCUGAGCAAUACCCACCACCCCUGUUACCCAAACCAAGCAAAGACAAUGCCCGGCUACAAAAGCUGAAAAAGAAGAGUGCCAAGAAAAAGUCUGGCCCCUCGCAGACACCUAUACCCUUUCGCUCCUGCUUAUCUCCCGUGAAUGAAGCAAGCACUGAUCUUGAGCACAGUGACCAGUCAACCCCACCCAGGACACCUGAGUCCUCCUACUAUGGAGAACAUUUUACUUUUCCCAUCAGACCAUUAUAUCAGCAUUCAGCAUCUCCCUACCCACAAAGUAGCCCACAUGGCCACACAGGGUUUUUUCCCCCACAAUCUUACACCUCUCAAGUCAGGACUGAGCAUCAGGUGGCUCCACUCUAUGAAUGCUCAUCGUUUUGGUUUGAGGAUGCCACCCCAGUCAUGAUGCCCCCACCUCCACCUGUGCAAACUCAGGUGAUGCUAUCACCAGCUCUUGCCCCAGGUCUAGUUAACCCUUUAGCUCCAGCCCCAGCUCCACCCCCACCCCUAGCUCAAGCUCUUCCCCCAGCAACAGCUCAAGAUUUAACUCCAGCCCCAGCCCUAGUUCUGACUUCAUCUUCAGCCUCAGUUUUAGCUCUAGCCCCAGUUUUAGCUCCAGCCCAAGUCCAGGUCUUAGCUCCAACCUCAGUCCCAGCUUUACCUCCAGCCUCAGUUUUAGCUCCAUCUCCAGCCCUGGCACCAGUUUUAUCUGCAGCCUCUGUCCCAGCUUUAGCUCCAGUCCCACUUUUAGCUCCAGUCCCACUUUUAUCUCCAGCCCCAGUUUCAGCUCCAGCCCCAGUUUUUGUUUCAGCUUUAGCGCCACCUCAAAGACCUACAGUUCCAGUGACUCUCAAAAGCUUUGAUUCAUCAAGAGUGAAUUCCUAUGCAUUAGCCUCCACUGUAUGUCCUCCAGGAUCACCCCAAGUGCCACAGUCUGCUCCAGCUUCCCCAAAGAUAUCAACUCACAGUUUGACUCUUUUUCCAGCAGCCCCCAGUGGCCAGGCCUUGGCACCUGCUCUGGUUCCGGUUCCACCUCCUGGUCCAGCACUAGUAUCAGUUUUAGCCCCUCAGGCACAACCUCUUAUUUCCACUGAGAAGCUGACACCCUGGAAGCUAAAGGAGAUGGCUACAAGCCAAACAUCAACUUUUGCAGCAAGGCGAAGUAAAAGCAAUUCCAUGGCUAGCCUACUGCCAUCACAGAUGGACAGCUCACAAUUGUCAAUAUUGGAAGGUGUUACAGGAAUUAAGCCUGAAGUCCAACAGACAAGGAUUUAUACAUCCAAAGCAACUUUUUAUGAAAUUUCAAAGCCCUUUGUUAAUGACACGAUGGGAAUAAACGCAUCAUACCAAGGAGCAUCUUUAUCCUCUCUACACAGAGCCAAUACUGUAUCCGACGUGAAAAAUGAAGCAUUGUCUUCAUGUAAGAUGUCUGUGGCAAAGACCUCAGCUGGUCGACCAAAGACAUCGUCAUGUCUUCCAUCAAGAGGAACAACACCUGUUUUUGAGAUCUCAAAACCCAACCCGCUCUUAUUUGCAGCAAGUCCUGUUUUUUCCUCUUCUCGGGAUGUGCAUGCUGCUGUUAUUAAAGAGUCAUAUACGUUUAAAUCACCUGUGCCUUUUACAAGUACAAUCAAAACUCCCUCAGCAGCAGAAUGUCUACUAAAACCAAUUGGACUGAACAAUACUGCCUCAAACAAACUCUCUAAUGAUUUAGUAAGUGAUAACAGCAAUUCAACUCACAACAGUUUUAAAACAACUGGCUUAGGAGCAGCUGUUGCUGAUUUAUCUCCAAAUGCAAUUCCAGUAUCCAACACUGCAGUAAAUGAGAUGGCAGUUCCAAGACCACUGCUGACAGAAUCACCAAUGCUAAAAGUUCAAAUUGAUGAAAGUUCCAGAUUUGAAACCUCUCAAUCGGGGUAUGAUUUUCCAAUGACAUCAACAUUUCCCAAAGGUAUACCAAAGACAUAUUCAAGUGGGGACACACCAAUAACAGCACAGGUACCACUCAGCCCAAAUCCUCUGUCUCCCAGAUAUCAAACACCAAACUCACCUGUACUUGAGGCACGGAAAUCCCUAACAUCAUUGUUAGGAUCUCAAAUACCUCCAUCAUCUACGAUGACAUCCCCAAAACCAAGACCAAGGUCAACAUAUUAUGGACUUACCCCAUCUGAAUAUGUUGCUUAUGGUGGGAUUCGCACCAACUCUGCUUACUAUGGUCCCAAGGGCCCCAAUGUCAAUGAAUUGGCAUCAUCCAAAUUAAAUUCUAAUGGAUUAACUGGAUCUCCUAUUGCUAUAUCGGAAGUAUCCAUAAAAGAAUGUAAUUCUACUAAAGCUGUCAUUGCACAACAAACAACCUCAUUGGUACAAUCUUCUGAUGCUCAGGUUCUGCAAACACUUUCAGCUGCAAGGGGCUUCUCAGAUAUUCCAACAGACCAGCCAAAAACAUUCAGAACAGACAUAUCUGAAGAAAUCCAAUCAGAAGAUGUUAACAUGGACACAAGAAAACAACAGUUUUCAUUGGCCUUUGGGCCACAAACUAUGCAACCUGAAGUGUCCACACCUAAAGCCUCGUAUUCUGAGGCUCCAAUACCAAUACCUAAAGCAGGUGAGGUGCAAACAAUAAGUGCAGAAUUAUUUCCAGUGGAGUUUUAUACAAAUGAAACUCCUUCAGUCUUCAUUGAUAGUAAUGCUGUGACAAGAUACUCAUUUCCUUUCAAUAAUAUGGAAAUGCAUUUUGCAAAUGCUGAAAUUGAGAAAAUGCCAAAUGUCCCAAAUAUCACUUAUGAAAACGAAAACACAGAGAUGGUUCCUACAUUUAUUAGACCUCAAACCAAAAGUAUUAUAAAUUCCUCUGUAACAAGGCUGAAUUUAACAAAUCACCCACAACCAAGUACAAGGUUAGACUCAGCUGGUACUCAAAGUCCAAUCAAUGUAAAUCCUGUAGGAGCUAGUCAUUCAACACAGCAAGUCAUCGAUGCUCUACCCACCACAGGAACCACCCGCUCCAACAACCUUACAACUGGAACGUUAAUUACCAGUAAUGCUCAUAUAGAUGAAUUACCAGUAAUGCUCAGAUCAGAUGCUAGGCUUACCUCUGAAACCCUUGUACAAAGCAAGAAAACUGUAGAAUCAAUACUGCCUUGUAAAAUUACUAAUGAAGCCAAACAUGAUAUCAAAAAUGCAGUUGAAACCAAGAUACCACAAAAUUCUGUAGAACCGACAUUUCUCAACAAAUCUACUGGUAAAACCAAAUUAUGCCACAAUCCUAUGGUUCGCUCUGGACUUUUAAGUGAACCUAGCAUAGAAAAUGUUGUAGGACAGUUAACCCCAGAAAACUUUUUGUCCAGGAAACCUAACAUACAAUCAAAUAUUUUCAACAAGCCUAUCUCAGAAACGUUGAUGAUUAGCAGACCCACUACAGAGUCAGCUCUACCUAAAAAGCCAAAAAUAAAAUACAAGAAGCCAGUCAUAGAAACUUCAUUGCCCAGUAAACUAAGUAUGGAAGCACAACCCAGCACAUUCAGCACAAUGUCAAUUGUAAACGAAGUACCACCUCAGAUGGCUGUAGAAGCCAUAUUACCUUCAAAAUCUUCAACUCAAACCAAAAAGCCCUGUUAUCUACCAUUUGCAGAAACAAAACAUUGCAGCAUACCUAGCCCAGAAACUUCAUGCAAUAUUUCCAGCAAGGCCACUAUGGACAACAGUUUGUCCAGAAAACCUAGCAUACAAAACAAUCUCAACAGCACAUCAACCACAGGAUUCAAUGUAUCUAACAAACCCUUACCAGAUAUAAAAGUGCAUGAGAAGCCUACAACAAAACAAUACAGCAAGCCUGUUAUAGACAAUGAUCUACCCAUCAAGGCUAUAAUAGGAUCAAAUCUCCAUAAAACAUAUACCAUUCAAACAGAAUUACAGAGCAAGCCUAUUGAAUGUUUAGUAGGACCACAGCCUGAUAUAGUGACAUCUGAAAGUCAUCUGCCCAGCACACCAAUCACUGGAGAAAAUCUUCCAAACAAACAUAUUAUAAGAAAUGUAAUAACCAGCAAACCUAUGACAGAAACCAAACUCUCCAACAAACCCAGCACAGAAACUCAGUUUGUGCAGAUUAGAAAGUCUCACACAGAAAUGACAAGGGCCAGUAAACCUGCUUUAGACACACUGUUGUCAACUAAUAGUCUUUCCAUGGAACAUAUUGUUCCAAUCAGCCCUCUAACAAACUCAACCAUGGGAAGCCAGCAACCAACAAAGCUGGCCAUUGAAGUAAAGCCCUCCACCAUGUUCACCCCUGAAACAAGAUCCUUCUCACACUCAACAAUUGAAGGUAAACAACUUCCAAAACCUCUAGUAUUGAAGGAAGCUUCCCCAAAACCCAUCUCCAAGCAUAAAAUGACUAACAAGCCUACUGUAAAUUUAAGAAAUGUAACCAAUCCUACAAUUGAUACAGAAGAUUACCCUUUCCCCGAAUGUAAACAAACUAACAAGAAUAAUGUAAAUGCACAGCCUUUAAUACAGACCUCUUCAGAUUUAGAGUCCCCCUUAAAUCUUACUUCAGAAACUAAACCUGUUUCAAAAUUGAAUAUUGGGACCAAAGACCCUAUGAAGCCUGUUUCCGAGCCUGCCCCAACUAACCAACCUGCUAUAAAGGAUCAACCCUCCGCAAAGCAGAUGGAGAAAAAUUCCUCCUUAAGCCCUGUCGUAGAAACCAAACUUACAAAAUCUCUUAUAGAAACCAAAGACUCAAUAAAAUCUUCUUCUGAAUCCAUCCCAACUAACAAGCCUACCAUAAACAUGCAACCUGCUAUAGAGUCUGCCAUUGAAAGUAUAUCCUCCUCAAACCCUGCAAUAGCCACUGUGAUGAAACCAUCCAUAUCUAAAGCCGCUGUGAUUGACUCUAUCACUCCUGCCUCUUUGCCUCAGGCCUCAGUCUCAGUAAAAGGGCCAUCCACAAACAGAGGAAUGUCUCCGCCAUCUCUGUCAAAGGCUGGACUGGCAGACAAGGAAGUUACGGAACCACUUGCUACAGCUUCCCCGGGGAAAUCAACACAAGAGACGGACUCUACGAAGUUCCCGACAUCAACAGCAUCUUCAACUUCUGACAAAAAGAAGAUUGCGGAAAUAUCCAAGGCAGUACUUAAACCCAAGGGCCUGAAGGCCAAACUCAGUGGAUGGACACGACUUAAAAAACACAUGGUUGUUGAACCAGAUGAACCCCAGUUUCCAGAACCUCCAGAAUCUGUGAAGGACUCCAGUGGCUGCGAAAAUAACACUGACAAGAGAAAACCGGACAAUAAAUCCAAAGCUCAGCCUAAAGCACAGGAGGUAGUCAAGGAAAAUAUGGAACUAAGGGCAUUGAAGAUGUGGGAUGCUAUGCUAUUUCAGAUGUUCUCCACUAAGGAGAACAUCAUGAAGCAGAUCAAGUCAAAUAAGAAUGAUUCAAAAAAUAUUACGUCAAAAGACAACCAGAUAGAAGUCCCAUCUUUUGUCAGUCGGUUGCCAAUUCUUCUAUACAGCCCACGGUUUGAUGCUAGGAAGCUGAAGGAGGCUGCUGAAAAGCCUCUCACCAAAAUUGCGUCUGUGUUUGAGAUGGGUCUGAUUGGUCGUAAAAAUCAGGAUGAGGAACCUAAGGACUUUAAUAGAACUGCCAAAGGGUUUGGCACUUUAAAACAGACAACUGCUGAUGCCUGAACUGAGUUACAGUUUAACACACUUCAAUUGAUAAAUGAUAUAUUAUGUUUAUGUUUUCACUCCAGAAAGAACCUUAAUCUUUUUAUGUCAAUUACUUAGUCAUACACAUCACAGGAUCUAUCAGUUGUCACACAAGUAGGAGUGUAACUUCGAAGAGUGUUUAUCAAUAUGUAGCAAUAUGCAAUGUUGAAAAGCUAAAGCAUUGGCUUUUACACAAGUCAUCCAUAUGAAAAGCUUAAGCGGAGAUUUUUGAUGCAUGUAGAUCGUUUUUGAUGUUGGGUUUUGUGUUUCUAGCAUGAAUCAGGAAAAAAAUAUAUUUUUUUAAGCAUUGAUUAUUGUAAUUGUAGAGUAGACUCUUAAGUAUGCCUAUGGUACAAAAUGUGAUCUUGUUUGUACAUUCCUGGAUCAAGACGGCAGAAGGGAGAAUGACGAGUGUAGCUGUGAAAUAACUAUAUCUGACGAGUUGGUAUGUGGACAUAGAAAGAGACGGUUAAAGACAUGUUAUCGAUUCCCUUCGUGAUGAAGAAAAGGUGAAGUAGAAAUAACAGAUAAUGGAUCCUUUAUAACUUGUUCAAUGAAUGAGGUGGGACAUGGAUUGCUCUAUGAGUACAGAACGCAGUUGUACCGAAUGGAUAAGAAAGUAGAAUUUAGGAAGGGUAUGGUCACUUUUUCACAUUGAACUGUAGAUUCAUUGUGAUGUUCUCAUUGGUAUAAUGUUAGGGAGAUGUAAAGAAAUACACAUGGACACAAGAGUGAGUCCAAGAUGAUGAUUGUUGUGUUGCAAUAGUUAUUGUAAGCAUGUUUUGUUCAGCCAAGUGUUUGUUUUCUCUCUCUGCUAAACGUUUGGAAUGAAAGCUAAUUGUGAAAAUUAAUUUUUUAACUUUUGUUUUAGCCAGCUGCUAUCGGAUGUUUGUUUCAUAACAGUCACUGAAAAGUGGAUAAAAUGCCAUGAAAACCCCA